AUGACCAUCACCAUCGUGGAUGUCGCUCUCGCGACAAGUCUUCUCUUGCUACUCUAUGGCUUGCUGCGAAAAUCAUUCGGGCCGUCGCCCUUGGAUGCAAUCCCCGGUCCUCCCUCGAAAUCCUGGUUAAUGGGAAAUCUCCCUGAGAUGUUCGAUUUCGACAGCUGGAAGUUCCACGAGGAACUUGCGGCCAAGUACGGCAGAGUAGCCAAAGUCAAUUCAUUCUUAGGUACCAAAAACUUGUAUAUCUCCGAUCCAUUGGCCCUUUAUCACAUCAUUGUGAAAGACCAACAUAUUUUCGAGAAACACGAUGAUGACUUCGAGAUUUUUAGUCUCAUUUUCGGACCUGGACUUCUGUCCGUCAAAGGCGAUCGCCACCGGAAGCAGCGGAAGAUACUCAAUCCAGUUUUCAGUACAAGUCAUCUUCGAAACAUGGUCCCAACGUUCUAUGGCAUCGCGAAACAGCUUCGAGGAGUCAUAGCGUCCAAGAUCAAGGAUGGCCCUCUGGAAGUUGAGAUGAUGCUAUGGCUCACGCAUACGGCUCUUGAGCUAGUAGGUCAAGCCGGGCUAGGCCGGAGCUUUGACCUCCUCCACGAGGGAGCCGUGAGCCCUUAUGCGGAGGCAAUCAAAUGUCUGGGGCCAGUGUUUUUCGAGUAUCCUAUACUACUCUUCGUUGGUCCCUCUCUGAUGAAGAUCGGGACGCCGAAAUUUCGGAGGUUCAUAGUCGAACGAACUCCUCAUUGGUUGGUCCAGAGGAUUAGACACAUGAUUGAUACCAUGCAGCAGACGUCGGAGGACGUAUUUUAUAGCAGCUCUUCUGCUCUGCGCAAAGGUAACGCCGCUUUCCAGGAAGAGGCCGAAGGCAAAGAUAUCUUAAGCAUUCUACUGAGGGCAAAUAACAAAGCGUCGUCCAAGGAACGCUUGGCAGACGAAGAGGUCAUCGCACAACUCACGACCCUGAUGUUUGCCGCUAUGGAUACGACAUCCACGGCCGUGUCUCGAAUCCUUCACCUUCUUGCUCAAUAUCCCGAACUUCAAGAAAAGUUGCGGAAGGAAUUAUCAGAGGCCCAGGCUGACAGCGACCUGACAUACGACGAGCUCGAUAGACUUCCGUAUCUCGAUGCCAUUUGCCGAGAGACUUCAAGAUAUUAUUGCACUGUCCCUACGGUGGGAAGAGCUGCUGCCGAGGACGCUGUGCUCCCCCUCUCUUCCCCAAUUACGGACGUGAAUGGCAAAGAAAUGCGAGAAAUCUUCGUACCGAAAGGUACACGAAUAACGGUCGCCAUCAUGGCCGCGAACCGUAGCAAAGAAAUCUGGGGCGAGGAUGCCGAGGAGUGGAAACCCCAGCGGUGGCUGGCUCCUCUGCCGGAGAGCGUAUCCCAGGCGCACUUGCCAGGGGUCUACUCGAAUAUGAUGACCUUUUUAGGUGGCUCUCGGGCUUGCAUCGGCUUCAAAUUCGCGGAACUAGAGAUAAAAGUCAUCCUGGCUGUGUUGCUCCGAGCUUUCAGGUUCUCCCUAUCUGAAAAGGAAAUUUUCUGGCGCAUGGGCAUGAUCGUAACUCCUUCGGUCAAGGGAUCAACAAGAUUCGAGCCAGAGCUAUACUUGAAGGUGGAGGCAGUAGAUGACUAAGUAGCGGAUAACGCUACAUAGCGUACAGUACAGCAGAACUUUUGACUCGGUCAUGGCUGUUUCUACAACCGCCACAGCUGUGCAAUUUGAAAUCCCCUCUCCGCACUA